CAUCUGCCGUUUGCCAUUGUUCUUUCGUAGUCAUACCGAUAUGAAACUGAAUAUAGUCUUGGUGAUUUUUGCUUUCCUGCUUCCAGUAUGCGCAGCUUACCUAAAGUUCGCUACAUACUACCAGGACCAUAUGGUUCUUCAAAGAGGUCCCAAACAGGCAGUGGUUUGGGGAACCUCCAAUAAGAUCGGAGAAGCCGUGGUGGUUGAAGUUAGUGGUGGCCAUGGUAAUGUAUCCACCAAAGUCGUCGCUGACCCCAGUGGAGAGCUAGACGGUGUUUGGACAGUAAAGCUCCCUGCAAUAACAGACCCCGGACCUUUCACAAUAACAGCCUCAUAUCCAUGGGGAAAUGUCUCAAUCGGGGAUGUCCUUUUGGAGACGUAUGGAUUUGCUCUGGACAAAGCAACAUGAAUUUUUACGUCAGUCGGCUAUUUGACCCCGCUAAAGCUAUAGCAGAGGCAGAGAACUUCACGGAUAUCCGUGUAUUCAGAACUCACACCCUGGAAUCCAACACCGCCUUCCAUGACCUCCAUGGCGCGGCACUCCACUGGUCGAAACCGUCACAAGCAUCUCUCCAGCUGUUUUCUGCUGUGUGCUGGCUAUACGCACAAUACCUCUACCCUCACCGCAAAUAUCCCCUUGGUAUGGUGGAGUCGGCCUGGGGGGGUACGUCCAUCGAGGCAUGGUCAUCUCCCGACGCUCUCCAAAAGUGUCCAGUGAAAGCAAAGAGGGGACCGAAUUCCGACAACGUUCUGUGGAACUCCAUGAUGAAUCCUUUAACUUACAUGACAAUCUACGGCGUCUUGUGGUACCAAGGAGAAAACAAUGCGCGCCAUCCUGAUCGCUACGCCUGUGAGUUCCCUGCUAUGAUAGCCGACUGGAGAAGUAAAUUCCAUCAAAGAUCUUUGGGAGAGACACAAGCAGAUUUCCCCUUCGGAUUUGUUCAGCUUGCUGCCAAUAAUAACGUCACGUACGUCGGCUCGUUCCCUGCUCUGCGUUGGGCACAGACGGCUAAUCUUGGACGUGCACCUAAUGUUAAAAUGCUCAACACGUUCAUGGCAGUCGCAAUGGACCUACCGGAUUUCGCAUCCCCAUACGGAACUAUCCACCCUCGGUACAAGGAAGAUGUGGCAAGGAGACUGGUGUUAGCAGGGAGGGCCGUUGCCUACGAAGAGAAGGGUCUGAACUACCAAGGUCCUUUCUCCUCCGGUUUUGGUGUCAACGAUAAAGAUCGACUUCUUAAGAUCGAAUUCAACGCUGGAAACACACCAUUAGAAGUCAGGAAUAACGACGGGUUUGAGGUUUGUUGCUCGAGCUCAAGUACUUCGACGUGUGGUGCCCAUGACGUCUGGGUUGCUGCACCAAUCACGACGCACGACACAAAAUCUGUGAUGGUCUCGACAUCCGGUUGUGGUAGUCGCCAUCUUGUUGGCCUUCGAUACGAAUGGCGGACCAGCCCUUGUCCGCUCCGGAAGUGCGCCGUGUACGGGAGAGACAACGACCUGCCAGCCCCUCCCUUCAUCAGGAGUCACGCCGUCACCGACAGCUCGUCUCACAUUAUUGGAUAGGCCACGCUACACCUAUUCUUGAAUUACUUUCAAUGUUUGAUUUUCAGGUACAGAUGUUGUGCAGUGCUGUAUUGUGUCAUCUCGACAGCUGGAUGGACAAGCUUGAUGUAAACAUUCUUGUUUGAAUGUUAUGAAGGAAAGUGAUGUUAAAUGUGUUUGCAAAACCAGGUCUAAAACAGCUUAAAACGAAAUCAAUAAAUUACAUGAGGAGCA